AAAAAGAGGAAACACGUACGGGAUGGGCGGUGUUUUAACAGAAGCCAUUUUGUUUCCACUUGUGUCCGUACUUAUGUGGAAAUGGCCGUGUUAUUCGUUUGGUGACGGCUGGCGAGGUUAGAUUGGAUCUGAGGAGCUGUUAGCUAGCUUGCUAACGUUAACGUCAAAAUGGCGGCCAACUCGACGCAGUCAGCUCAAGCUGCUAGUUGGUCUUAUGGCUCUGGUUCUGAUGCCCCAGUCCACGAAAAUCCAGAGUGGGAGAAGGCACGGCAGGCCCUAGCUUCCAUAAAUAAGAGCCUGAGUGCUACCAAAACUUCCCAGGCCAAUCACAGUACGGCACAGGCUGGCCAGUAUCAAACUCCAGUGACCGAUUCCACUGCCCUUCAGCAGCAGCAGCAACAACAACAACAACAGCAGCAGCAGCAGCAGCAGCACCAGCAGCAGUACUAUCAGUGGUACCAACAGAAUCAGCAGCAAUAUGCUGGAUACCCAUAUCCAUACAACUAUUACUACGCCAUGAAUCCUUAUGUAGGGGGUUAUCCUCAGGGCCAAUAUGGUGUUCCUGGAGCGUACCAAACUCCCACAACACCCACUGGACAGCCUCCUCCUGUUCCUAUGCUUGAUGACCAGUCUUCCAGUUACCCCCCUCAACCCCAGCCACCACCCCCCUCUGUCCCUCAGCCCCCCCCACAGAGCCCUACCUCCUCUGAACAACCACCUCCCCCACCCCCACCUCCCAUACCUCCCCCACCCAACUCCCAGUAUCCCCCACCCCCCUCCCAGUCCCAAUAUAACCCUAACAAUUCCCUGUCUUACCCUCCCAAUGACUCUAACCAAAUGAGGGGCUAUGGCCACAAUCACAAUCAAGCCAGGCCUAAUUAUAAUCAGGGAUACCAGACCCAGAACUCUUACCAGAAUGCCCAGAAUAACCCCCAGCAGCAGUCCCAGCAGCAGGGCCAGUACGGCGGAGGGGCAGGAAGAGGAGAUGCAGGCAACAAAAAAGGCAACAAAGGAGGACAGCAGUUGUGGCACCGCAUGAAACAAGCUCCAGGAGCAGGAGCAGUGAAGUUCAACAUUCCCAAGCGGCCCUACGUUAUGACCAAUUCAAACUUCCCAUCUGGCGACCAGGGCAGCGGAUUGGGUGGUGCCUCUGGGACAGCUCAAAGCCGGCCUCAGGACUGGCCCCAGGCCAUGAAGGAGUACGUUCAGCGCUGUUUCACUGCCUGCGAGUCCGAGGAGGACAAAGACAGGACCGAGAAGGUGCUGAAGGAGGUGCUUCAGGGCCGGUUGCAGGAUGGUACUGCGUACACCAUCGACUGGAGCAGGGAGCCUCUGCCUGAACUGAAGGCCAAGCAGUCUCGCUGGGAGGCCGUGCCACCCUCGCGAGCUCAGGACAGUUCCAUCAGCCGCGGAGGCGGGGCCGGUGCAGCCGGGCGGGGCCGAGGGGGCGGAGCGCGGCUGGGUCACUACCGGAACGUUUUCUCCUCCCAGAGAAGCCCCUCCUCCAGCUCCUCUCGCUCCUCCUCCCGCUCUCCCUCCCCGUCCUCGCACAACAGGCACCGGGACAGGGACCGAGGGGGGCCCCGGCACAGGCACAGCGACUCUGACUCUCAGUCAGACAGCAGCAUGUCCAGUGACCUCCGACCCACGCUAUCGCGACGCAAUCAGAAGGGAGGAAGAGGACGGGGCGGCGAUAGGGAAAGAGGUAGAGCAGUUGGUGGAGAGAGGGGACGAGGAAGAGGAGGGAGAGCCAAUAGAGGAAGAAGGAACCUUGACGACGGCGGGAGCGGGCCGGGGAAGAAGAGGAAAGGAGGGAACGCCGGCCUGGAUUUCCCGGACCCCAACCGCGAGGCCAAGAAGCAGAGCCGGGCGGCCCGCUUCCACACCAAGCUGCGCACCGAGCCCCUCGUGCUCAACAUCAACUCCCUGGAGCCCCCCAACGGGGCGCAGGAGGGCCUCAGCUGGGAGGACUGCCCCAUCGUGGGCACCUGCCAGGACAUCACCAAGAUCUACCUGCGCCUGACCUGCGCCCCCGACCCCAGCACCGUGCGGCCCGUCCCCGUGCUGAGGAAGUCCCUGGUGACGGUGAAGGCCCACUGGCAGACCAACCAGGACUACCCCUACGCCUGCGAGCAGAUGAAGUCCAUACGACAGGACCUCACCGUUCAAGGUGUUCGUACGGACUUCACCGUGGAGGUGUACGAGACCCACGCCCGCAUUGCUCUGGAAAAGGGCGACCAUGAGGAGUUUAACCAGUGUCAGACCCAGCUGAAGGCCCUGUACAAAGACUGUCCCUCGGACAACGUGGGCGAGUUCACGGCCUACAGGCUGCUCUACUACAUCUUCACCAAGAACUCCGGAGACCUGACCACGGAGCUGGUGUACCUGACGCCGGCGCUGCGCGAGGACGUCUGCGUGGCGCACGCGCUCUCUCUCCGCGCCGCCUGGGCCCUGGGCAACUUCCACCGCUUCUUCCUGCUGUACCGCCGGGCCCCGCGCAUGGCCGCCUACCUCAUCGACAAGUUUGUGGAGAGAGAGCGGAAGGUCGCCCUCCGGGCCAUACUCAAAACGUUCCGCCCAGCAGUACCAUUGGAGUAUAUCCAGUCCAGUCUGGGCUUCCCUUGUUUAGACACUUGCCUGGCCUUCCUGACUGGGCUGGGGGUCUCCUUUAUGCCCGGAGACCCCGGCAAGAUAGACUGCAAGACCAGCUCUGCCUGCCUGGCAGCCUCAUGAGGGGGGGGGAGGAUGGGGGGUGACAUGCUACUGGGAGAAAUACUGCUGCAUGUAGUGAGGGAGAGGGUGAGGGAGACAGAGAGGACUGUGUGACGCUGCACGAUCACUAAUGGCUUUACUGACCGAAGGUAGGGAGGGAGGGAGGGAGACCUAACGGCCUGUCGUUGUCACGGUGAAACGCAGACUCCUCAGCAGUGACCCUGAGAGUGACUAGAACGACUGGUGCAUUGCACUGACCGACUGUCAGGGUGAGACUGAGAGGGACAGAGGGAGGGUGCUCUGUGAGGGACAGACGUGAUGUAGAGAGGGCCCACUCACGCAGACCCGCUGCCAGAAACAGGAGGGAGAGAGAAUGCCCAUGUUUGAGAGAAAGAGAACGAUUGAGAGACUGCUAACUGAGUGGAGUAGCUGCUCUCCAGUACAGUCAGACACAUCAGCACUUGCAGCUCUACCACAUCUAUAAUCGCAUCACUAUAAAUAUAUUUAAGUUGAUACUGAUUUUAUACUGAUUGAUUCCUUUCAAAAUGAAGAGGUCCGGUUUUUUUUUUUCCUUUUUUUAGUUGAGUGGGCAUUACAUUUUCACCUGAAGAGAAAUUCCAUCUUAAUGGGAACAUGGACACAUUUUUUACUGAGUUUUUAAUACAAACACUUAGGUACUUAGAAGGGACAGUUUUAGCUACUCCCAUGCAAGAGCAUUGUAAUUUUAAGCUAACAGUGUUCUAUCUUCUUAUUUUUCUCCCUCAAGCCUACAGCUAAACGCAAGUGAAGAUAUUUCUGAAAAUCAAGACAAAAGGCAAAAUCCGCGUAUCAAAUCCUGAAAAGUCAGUCUUAACGUCCCAAGUCCAAGCCACCUCCAGGAAGGCAAUCUCCACCUGCCCAAAGUGCGGAUCAAGAGUUCUCCCCCAAAGACUUUUUGCUUUGGCUGCACCCAAGAUGCCUCCUGGCUGGAAGACGUCUCUGGUUUGUAUGUCCUUCUCCGCCCCAAGUCCCAGAUGUGCCGGUGUACGUCGUCAGGUGGGGAGAGGGUCUUCUCUUGCAGCUGUGCCCCGCCCCGCCCUGCCCUGCUCCGCCCCCCCUCCCACCAGGGCCUUGACUGAGAAAGUGAAGCGGAGGCUGCAGAUUGUGGGAGAGUCGCGCCCGCGGCGGCGGCGGCUGCAGUCUUUUCCUUUAGCGGAGCUCCAAGUCUCUGCCAGCCCUCGGGGGCGGGUCCUGCGCUGGCGAGCGAAGCCCCGCCCGUCUCGUGGAAGAGUCCCCCCCUGUUCUCAGGAGAGUCGCUGAGGCCCAAGCGGGCAAGUUGCUCAGCCUUGACUUUGAGAUCCAGGCAGAUGCUGCGCACCCCCACCCCACCCCACCCCCCUCGCCUGCUCCCCCUCCCACCCCCCCACCCCCCGCCCCCUCGAGAUCUGCCUACUAGAUGUCCGGGUCCCAGCCGUGGGAGGAGUGCGGCCUGCUGUUCCUGCUGUUCCAGCUGUUCCAGCUGCCCGUAGAGCCGCGGGGCCCUUAAUACAGAAAGGCUUUCCUGCAGCUUCUCGGAGGCAAGCGCAUGCCAGGCCUCGCCAGGCUGAAGCUCCCCAGCCAGAGAAGGGAGAGCAUGGGGUUUGUAUGUGCUUUCACGCUUCAUCCACACCCACCGCGAGGCUCACUACGUAUGUAUGGCUGGUAAGAAAAAGACUUUGAUUUGCUGGAAGGAGAUGGAUGUCAACUCAAGAAGGCAUCGGCUAUAUGAUUCACAUACAAGAUAUAGUACAUAUGAGGUAUGGUUUAAAGAUAAGGGUUUUAAUUGGCAGACCUUUUACCCAGUAUGUGCCUCAAUAUACAACCCAACCUGCUGUUAUGCUGCCAUUUUGUAUACUAUUUUAAUUGAGGCCCUAAUGUUAACCAUUGCAAUACUUCUUCUAAACUGUCACACAAUUUUAGCCUGAAAAAGCAAUAACUUAUGCAGACACAUACUCCCUGGAGUAUCUGAUUGACGUUGUCAUUGCAUGGUCGCACAUGAAUUGGUUGAACAUCGAUUGGGGGUGGGGGUGCACAUUUUUAUGCAGUAAUUUUAUAAUAAAAAGGGGAAAAGUAAGCCUGCCACUCAUAUGUUAAUGUUUCUCCAUUUAAUGGAUUGAGCUGAAAGGGGUAUCUUUCAUUAUGUCACAUAUCCCACCUUGGGGCUUAAUGUAGAUGUUCUGUUGGGGAUGUUUCAGUGUGAAGAGGGAUGGGGGGGGUGGAGAGAAUAUUAGUAUUAUUUUGGUGACCCUUCAGGUUGGUUGGAAUCAUUACUGUAAGUCUUCUGAAAGUGUUGAAAGUGAUAGACUUCCAAGGCGUUUUGUUCAAAAGCUUUUUUCUUUUUUCUUUUUUUCUUUUUUGAAGAAGCUGAGUAUAGUACAGAUGUCCUUUUUUUUAGGCCCUCAAAUGUAAACGAUUACAUUUUGAAUCUGACAAAGGGUUUAAAGUGCUAACUAAAUUUACCCCCCCCAGAAAUGUAGCCCAAGCGUGCUGUUCUGCCUAAAGACAUUUUUCUGCUGAUGUUUUACUUGUGCGGUCUGGAUGAGAUUGUAGGAUGUCCCGUGGAGACCUGCUAAACGAAACACCUACUUUACAGUCCAUUUUUAGUUGUGUGCAUGAUUGGCUAUAUGCUUAUGGUGCAACACAAUUUAUUUUCCCACCGGUGGUGAAUUCGUCACUUAACUACAAAUGUGAUCCAGUUUCCACUUUUCCAGGAAUCGGACAGAGGCAAAUUCUUGUACCUUGUAGUUCAUGGUUUUUCAGUUGUCCAUUUUAAUCGAGAAACUGUGCAGCCUCGCUGUUCUGGGUUCACUGAAAUGCGCACAUAUAUAUUCACAUAUGCAUAUAUACAUACAAUAGCAUAUAUUUCCACUUCUCGCUUUGCGGUAGCUUCAUAUAAAAAGGAUUUGCUAAACAGUUUGAGACAUUGAUUCAUGUAGUACUGGUACAUCCAUGGCCAUUAUUCAGGCAGGGCUGUGAUUUUCAGUUGCAACAUGUGGGCAGUAUAUGUUGUGUACAUUCCUGUAAGUCACAUUUAUGUAGGCUACUUUGAAGUGUGAAUACUGUACAGAUGGGUAUCUUGUAAAUAGGCUUCUUCUUUUUUUUCUUUUCUUUUUUUAAAGUAGUAUUUUGAUUUUUCCUAAAUUGUACAGGGGCAGUGUAUCAGAGUAAUACAUUUUUCUAUGAAGGUCACUGGUAAUGAAUUGAAACUUGCUGAUAUGUGCUGCUUUGGUGUUGGUGUGAAGUUACUAUUUUUAAUGUGUUUUUGAUUUGGUGACAUUCUUGUGAGAACUUUGGUGAAAUUGAUGCGGACAGCGAAUGGCCAAGUCAUUUUGAUUGUCCAGUGAUGCACAUAUAUUGGACAGACCAUACUAAUCCACCACAAAGUAGAUCAAAUAUUCCAAUAGGCAGUACGUGGUUUAAAUCCAUUGUCUGUGACCUUUAUGGAUAGUAAAAUAUGAACCGCAUUAAAUGGUGAACUUCAUGUGGAACACUACAUUGAAGACCGACAAUGAGUGUCUCUGCUUUUGUUCCUGUUAUUACACCAAAUCCUGUUAUUAACAUUGCCCAAUGGCGUUAAUGCAGUCAGUUUGACUUGAUUCCCUCUGUAGAAUUGGUUAUUAAUAAGUAAAUCUCUUCUAGCGAUAUGCAGUUUGUAUGCUGAUUAGGCCAAAUGUUUUUCUUGCCAUUUCCUUCAGUGUGCUUUGAAAUGGAUUUAGACCCAUAUUAUUGCCUUUUGCAUAUUUUCUUUCCAGUUCCUGUUUUUCCCCCCUUUGACCUCCCUUGCCGUUUUUACCUGCUAACUUCUAUGCAGCUUUCUUUUUCUUUGUUUUAGACAUUAUUUGUUUGCUUUCCUUUUAUACUUUUCUUACCAAUGACCUUUUCCCUCCUAUAAGCUCUUAUCAGUACACAUCAUAUAUUAUUAAUAUCUCGCAUUAGCCAUUACUUAGGAAAUGUUGGUGUUGCGAAGUCAGUCACACUGCAGUUUUAGUGGCAAGAGAGAGGUUUGGUACUAAUGCUGUCCUAACACCAGCCAAGAAGCAUAAUUGUUGCUGUUCAUCUUCUAGAAAAAGGGGUACUACGUAACUGUGGAUGACCACACGUUGUCUGUCUCUGGUUGCCUGGCUUGUGUGUAUAUUUCCCUGGAUGUGGUUGAUUUGUUUGUUGGUGUGUCGUAUCCAUGUGUGAUGGUCUGCCUCUUGCAGUGCAUCAGUUCCACUUGGCCAUUUUUAGGUGCAAAUACUGAAUUUCAGCAGGUACAAGAAGUUUGUUGUCUGGUGUGUUCCAGACUGGGAUCAUGAGCCGUGUGUGAACCUCUGGCUUUGUGUGUGUGUAUUUGAGCUCUUUGUAUAAAGUGAUGACCCUACAAAAGACAGCACAGGAGUAUCUUCAAAAGCUCAAAAAUAGUUUUGCUGAAAUUUCUGCAUCAGUCAUUUCUCUGACCAUAUGCCUAAGACAGUGAAUUGUAUGCACUACUCCCGCUGUUCAUUUCAGUGCUGUUAAACAGAAACUUUCCAUGCUACUCAUCUUUCAAUAUAUUUUCCCAGUCUCAUUACCAGAUUUAUUUUUUUUGUCCUUGCAGUUUUGAAUAGCAGGAGAAAAUCGAGGGGUGUGUGGGUGAGAGAAACGUGCUCAAAGGCGAGAAGCUAGCUGAAGAGGGGAAAGCAAAUGAAAUGUUGAAGAUUCAGCCCACUCAAGAUGGCCCAUUUCUUGUAUAUAUAUUGAGAAUGUCAUAGUUAUCUUUCAGUGCAGCGUGUCUGAAGAUGCACAAUUGUUGUUUUUGCACUCACUGACCUUGGCAAAAACCAACUGAAGUGUAUACAUGUGUGUUUAUACCAGCCACGGGUGUUACUGUUUUUCUGUCAGCUGCAUGGCUGACUGAAGUAUUAUGAAACCUCAGUUUUGAGUGAAAUGAAUUGGAGCAAAUUAAUUGAUAUGGUGUUCCCUGCUUGUGAGAGACAUUGGACAGCAUAAAUUCUUUAGGUUUGUUGUGUUUUCCCUGUCUGCCACAUACAUGCUAAUGUUGUUAUUAUUGAGGGAAAACAAAAGUAAGAUUUUAUUAGUUAUACACUCUAUAGAUUUUCUGAAUACAUGCUGCAAGUCCAGGUAGAUUUGACAACUUUUGCAAUUAUUUUGCAUGCACAGAUGAAUUGCAUUUGUAGUACUAGUGCACUAAUACAUUGUGAUUUUAGAGAUGGCGAAACCCUUUCUCAUUUUGUGAUGUAGUAGCUUUCUAGAUGUUGGUUUGUUUUGAGGUGGGAUAAUCAUAGUGUUAAAAUUUCACAACGGCAGGUAAUGUCUGUAUGGCUAUUUCUGUGUCAACGUUUAACUUAUUUACACACUACUAAACAUUUUUAACUUGUACAUUAUUAAUUGUACCUGUGUGUUAAUAGUAAUUGUAGGUGGUCAUUCUGGGUUGUGUAAUAGUUGACUGAUGGGUUUGAAACAGUGGAACAGCUUGGGUGUUUUCAUUCUUGCUUGUCAGUGUAUUCAUACAGGAAGUGUAGUAUUUCUCUACAUUGCUUAUGAUGAGCUCCCAUCCCCCUAACAAUUGGUCAUGUAUUUUAUGAAGCAAAAUUGCACUUUUGUCAGUAUUUAUAAAGCUACAGUGAUAUUGGUUGUGCAAAAUGGAAUGUACCUGGGCUUGUGGUGUGUAGUUCAGUAAUUUGAUAAACAUUUUUUUUUUUUAUUGAAAAAUAUCAGUACCCUUGGAUUUCUUUAUGUUGCAUAUUCUGGAUGCAUCACUGUCCAGUUUCGCAUAGCCCUUUGAAUUUAAUCUUUUCCGCUGUUUCUUUGGCUCUUUGGUUUUGACCAAAUUGCUGACCUUUUUGACGUAUACAGGUUUGUUUGCUCUUUUCUAUUUGUCUAUAAACUUUCUCCAAUUUAAUUUGGUUAAAUUCUUCAUUUUUAUUUAUAUUUUUUACAGUGGGUCAUAGACUUUAUGUACCGAAAUCAAUAUUUUUCUCUAGUUUGUCCCAGUAGUAUUUUUUAUUUUCUGUAUUUGCUCCUCAAAGCACAGCGGUAACACUGCAACGUUUUUUUUCUUUUCCCCACUGAUUUUCACAUUUUGGUGGAAGUUAAUUCAGUGUUAAAAUGGGAAGGAUAUCAAAUGCAGUCCCUCGUUUCCCCUGUAUUAGAAUGUAUUGAUUUCCACAUGCAAUUUCUUACUGCCUCAUACUUUGAUUUUCAUCAUCUUUCCAAGUAAUUAAUUGGCCUAGCUUUGCUUCUUACCUCACCAGCAGUUUGAGUGCAUAAUUGUAUCCAGUUGGUUUAAUAUUAAAUGUCCUCUUGUGAGAAUCUGUUGGUUUGGACAACGAAUUAAUCUGUUGUCCUUUUUACAUUGCAUUUCCCCCCCUUUUUUGUUUUUGUUUUUUUUAACCUGUAGUUGUACAUACCGCUUUGUGUCCCACACCACCACACCCCUUUUCACCAGUUAAUCCCAUUGCUCAGGUGAAAUUCAGUUCUACCUUCUGGCUUGAUCCCCCUCUAGUGUGUUUGCUUUUUCUUUAAUCCUGUUCAGCUUGUCUACAGAGAAUGUCUGACUUAAUAUUUGAGUUUGGUUUUUAAAAUGAUCCCCUCCAUACGUGUUCCCUUUCUUUUGUCCCUCUAAAGGACUUCUUUACUCUCCAUCUUUUCCUUUCCAUGCAGUCUGUGUUUCUGCUUUUCCUGUCCUGUGAUAUUCCUGCUGUCUUGGCUUUUUCUUACUUUAAACCCCCCCCUCUCUCUCUCACACACACUGUUGAGUGUUGCUAUGCUAGUGACUAAAUCCAUUUGCUGUGUGCAGUGCUGUACCCUUCCCCUGGUAUUGAUUAAAUGCUGUUUUCAUUGAUCUGUUUCUUUUUGCAGUUCACCAACUCAUUCAAGGAUAUAGCUGUCACCCCUCCAAAUAUACCGUACUGCCAUGUGUAAAUAUUUAUGUAAAUAUGUAUUUUUUUCCCUCAAAGAAUCAAAAUAAAAGUCAAGAGUUUGCAAUCA